GUCUCUUUGUUCCACUGUGUUACUUUAUUUCUUUCCAAUUUUUUUUCCUUCAAAUUAUAUUUUUAUUGACUUUUUUCUAAAAUGUCUAAAUUUUCAGAUCAUUUUAAUAGUACCACUAUAAGAGGAAGAGCUAAUGUGGCCAAAGUAACUUAUGCCUCAUUUGCUGCUAUUUAUCUAUACAAUCGUUUUAAAAAGUCCAAAAAGAAACCAGCUGAAGUUUCCCAAACAAAUGAAGCAAAUCUUAACAACCAGGAGCGACAGUUGAAAGAUAAUGGUGAAGAACAUUUUAAAUGUCCACAUUGUGACUGUGACAAAGUUAAAGAUGACUUCAAUGAUAACGAACUGCAAGAGCCAACACCCUCCAGGGAAUCAAAAACAACUACCAAGAAUUCCCAUUCUACUAAACCUGAACUUAAUCAAGAUAGCCCUAUUGCUAAGGCUGAAUCUAUGAUUAAAUCAUCUAAAACAAAAUGUGAGUCUGGCUGCAUUACCUCUUCUUCUUCUAAUCCCUCUGAAAUUACUAAUAAACAAAAUUUCUUAGAAUCCACCGAUAACACUGACUUAUUAUGGUGCUACACCAUCUAGUCAUGGCCAAAAUAAUGGGGACUCUCCUGCUCCCGACAGGGGUUCCUGUCCUUAAGAUGUUUUAAAGGAUUUCUUUUAUCAAAAAUUUAUUUAAUUUUUUAUGCUGGAAUUAAUUUUGUAAUAAAUUGUAUGAAUCGAACAUAUAUA